CUUGCCUUGUCGGCAAACAAAUCAUUUUAUCAAAACACACACACACACACACACACGCAUCACUCUCUUCAUUUUGACAUAUAUAUAUAUAUAUAUCCAGUGUAUAUUAUUUUACACUAUUUUCUUGGAUUCAUUUUCUUCCUUCGCCGCUCUCUUCACUUGCUACUGAUAUGGCAUCUUGUGAUAAACCUGAUGUUGUCGAGAGAGAAGUCCAGGACAGAGAGCCUAAGGAAGACAAUAAAGAUGAAGAGAAGGGUGGAUUUCUGGAGAAGGUUAAGGAUUUCAUCCAUGAUGUAGGUGAGAAAAUUGAGGAAACAAUAGGAUUCGGGAAGCCAACUGCCGAUGUUACUGCGAUUCAUAUUCCUCACAUCAAUCUCGAAAAGGCGGAUUUAGUUGUGGAUGUCCUUGUGAAGAACCCGAAUCCAAUUCCUAUCCCUCUCAUCGACAUAAACUAUUUAAUCGAGAGCGAUGGGAGGAAACUAGUAUCUGGACUGAUUCCAGAUGCUGGAACGAUACAUGCACAUGGUUCGGAGACUGUUAAGAUACCUGUCUGUCUGAUAUAUGACGACAUCAAGAGCACAUACGAUGAUAUAAAGCCUGGAAGCAUCAUUCCUUACAAAAUCAAGGUUGACCUCAUAGUGGAUGUCCCCGUGUUUGGAAGGCUUACUCUUCCUCUUGAGAAGACUGGAGAAAUCCCAAUACCUUACAAGCCAGAUAUUGAUCUCGAGAAAAUUCAUUUUGAGAAGUUCUCAUUUGAAGAAACUAUUGCAACUCUUCAUGUGAAGUUGGAGAACAUGAACGAUUUUGACCUCGGGCUUAAUGGUCUUGACUGCGAGGUCUGGCUAUCUGAUGUGAGCAUUGGGGGGACCGAACUUGCAAAAUCGGUUGAAAUUAAAAAGAAUGGAAUCAGCUAUGUCGACAUCCCCAUCACCUUUAGGCCUAAAGACUUUGGUUCUGCUCUGUGGGACAUGAUUAGAGGGCGAGGAACGGGGUACACUCUGAAAGGACACAUUAAUGUGGACACACCUUUUGGAGGAAUGAAGUUACCUAUCUCCAAGGAGGGGGGUACGACUCGUCUUAAGAAGAAGAAGGAAGAUAGAUGUGAAGAUGACGACGACGAGGAUGAGGAGUGAGGAGUUGUUAGAAGUGGGAGCUGUUUCUUGUUUCUGGGCAAGAUAAUAAUAAAAGAUGGAAAGUGGAGUGGAGAGUGGAGAAGAGGGACGUCAGAACUACAAUUAUUAUGAUGUUGGUGUUGUUUUGGGAGUGUGGUCUCUUCACAUGCUUCUUGCACGAACAAACAAACAAACAUUAAUGUUGGAAUAGGAAGUUGGUUGUUAAUUUAUUUGUAAACUGAGUGUAGUAGUGUGCUAUUUCUAAUUCUAGUUGAUGGAUUGUUGUGUUGGGUGUUGAAAAUGGUGUCGUGAUGUUGUUGAU